UCCAAAAAUUAAGAACCGGUUGUAACCGGUUUCGGUUCCAAUUUUUGAAAAAUUGGACCUGGUACCCGGUGGGUACCCGGAACGAGUUCUUCAAGUCAUCUAAAAUUUUGGAAUUCAGUAAACAAAUGAAAUAUUGGGCCUUUUUUGUUAUUACCAGCCCACUUACUCACAACCCAUUCAUCUUAUAAGGAGUACUUAUUAUUAAAACCCUAAAACUACUCUUCACCGCCCACCAAAUGCACCAUCUUCACAAAUUUCACCAGCCAAUAUCACCUAAUAAUUCAUCAACCACCCUUUUCCAUAUUCUUAGAUCUAUAUCAAAUUCUUAUUUUUUUUAUUUUUUGUUUUUUUUUGACGAAAAACAUAUUAUGAACCUGUUCUCUCUUACAAAUUCUCAUUCAUGGCAUAUGAAGAAGUCGGAACCACCACCACAUCAACGAAGAACACGUCAAUGUUAAGAGAAUGAGAGAAGAGGUUUCAUUGGUUCCUCAUGGUGAUUUGUCUAGCUAAUAACACAAUCUUUCACCUUGAUUCAGCUCGAUCAACAAAGAAGUGCCUCGUGAUGUCUGUACUACAAAAUAUUAUGAAGAAGAUACAUGGUCGUGCUCCACGGGGUCCUACAUGGAAAUCACCUAUGUGCCCACAACAAGAUAAUGAAGUUGAUUGUGGAUUAUACGUGAUGAGAUUCAUGCUUGACAUAGCGACUCAUUGUACCAAUACCAUACAUCUUGGUGAGUUUUGCAAGGUGCAAAAGGGAGAUCCGUUAACAAGCAAGGACCUUAAUGAAGUUCGAGACAUGUUGGCAUCUUUCAUCACCUUCAAUUUGUAAAUGUGGCAUCAUUUUGAAUUUAUACUUUGUUAAUCAUUAACUUUUAGACUACAAUAUUGAAUAGUUAGUAUUGUUUGUAUUUAUGUAUAUAUCACACUUUAUUUGUUGUAUUGCAUUUGGUUUUUAAUUAUAAAUGUCUAAAUAUAUAUUUUUAAUUCUUGUUAUGAUUAUUAAUAAUAAUUAUAUUAUGGCAGAAUUUAUAGCAAUAAUAUGGCAGAAUAUUAUAGCAGGAUCAGUUGCAGGAAUAAUUGCAGGCAAAAAAA